AUGUCAGGUGCGACAGCAGUUAUAGUUGGUGCUGGAGCUGGAGGGAUCGCAGCUGCCACGCAGCUUGCUCGAAAAGGCUUCCAAGUGCAAGUUCUGGACCGCCAUGAGAGUGUCGGUGGUCGAUGUUCGCUGCUCUACAAGGACGGGUUUCGAUUUGACCAAGGACCGUCGCUGGUGCUGAUGCCCGAACUGUUCCGCAGAGCCUUUGAAGACCUCGGGACUUCGUUGAAAAAUGAGGGUGUCUCCAUGCUGCGAUGUGAGCCCAACUACUGUAUCUGGUUUGCGGAUCAUGAUUCGAUCGAGCUGUCAAGAGACAUGCCUCGCUUGAAGGCCGAAAUUGAGAGACAUGAAGGCGCCGGGGGCUUCUAUCGCUUCUGUGCUUUCAUGGCAGCGGCUGGAUAUCAGUACGAAAUGUCGAUGCAAAGUGUUUUCAACCAAAGCUUCCCAACGAUGUGGAGCAUGAUGCAUCUAUCCUUGAUCAAGGCGGUCCUGGCUCUCCGGCCGUCCACCAGCUUCUACCAACAGGCGGCCACAUUCUUUCGCUCGGAGAAGAUGCGACGCGUAUGGAGCUUUACGAGCAUGUAUCUGGGUAUGAGUCCAUAUCGCGCGCCCGCAACCUACUGCAUGUUACCCUAUGCCGAGAUAAGCGACGGCAUCUGGUAUCCAGAAGGAGGCUUUCAAAAAGUCCUGCAAGCACUCGGCGAGGUCGGGACGCGCCUCGGGGUUAACUAUCGCCUCAAUACCCCGGUAAAAAAGGUGCAACUUUCGACCGAUGGCCUCACGGCGACAGGAGUUCAACUCGCGUCAGGAGAUGUCAUCUCGGCGGACCUGGUGGUAGUUAAUGCUGAUCUUGUGUACGCAUGCAAUCGCCUCCUGCCACCGUCUUCCCAUGCCCGUCGCCUGCAGGAUCGAUCCGCUUCUUGUAGCAGUAUCUCCUUUUACUGGUCAUUCGGCGAGGAAAUCCCCGAGCUCAAACCACACAAUGUGUUUCUAGCCGACAAAUACCGCGAGAGCUUUGACACUAUCUUCGACGAGCAGGGUAUACCGGAAGAUCCGUCAUUCUACGUAAAUGUUCCAAGUCGAGUUGAUCAGUCGGCUGCACCAACAGGGAAAGAUGCCGUAAUGGUGUUGGUGCCAGUGGGCCAUCUGCCAAAAACCACAUUCACCGACGUGGAAGAGGAAAAAGCAAGAUGGGAGUCCCUGGUAGCCCGGAUGAGAGACACGGUGAUUAAAACAAUCGAGGAACGUACUGGGACACGGGGCCUCCGAUCCAAGCUCUUGAAUGAGCAGGUCAACACACCCUUGACCUGGCGCGACAGGUUUAAUUUAGAUCGCGGCGCAAUCCUUGGGUUGUCGCAUUCAUUUAACAACGUGGGAUGUUUCCGUCCGCACAUCAAGCACCCUCAUAUACGAGGAUUGUACUUUGCCGGGUGCAGCACCCAGCCAGGAGCUGGAGUGCCGGCUUGCUUGGUGAGUGGCAGGCUUGUCUCCGAGCAAAUCGUGAAGGAUUGGAAAAAGAGAGACGAAGCGCAAUUCUUCACCAGCUGGAAGUUCCUGAUGGGUCUUGCCAUGCUAGGCUUACUGAUGGCAGUAAUGGCGUCUUUUCCUCGUCGCGUUUGA